CAUAUUAAAUGCCCCCCAACGCAACGUCGACCAGCGGAGAAAGAGUACGCCGAAAAAGAAAACCAUCCGGUGGAGGUGUUCUAUCCCUGGUUAAGCGCAAAAAAGCGAAUCUGCGUGAACGGAACCGUAUGCACGGGUUAAACGAUGCGCUGGAUCGUUUGCGGAUGUGCGUACCGCUUCCGGCGAGUGUGACAACCGCUUCGGUACGGUCGGACGCUAGUGUGGAUCACGGCGCAUCAAGUACAACGCCACAAAAGCUAUCCAAAAUCGAUACACUACGAUUGGCACAAAACUACAUCCUGGUGCUGUUGGAAGUGCUGCACACGGGACGUGGCUUCAAGUACGAACGCUUGAUGUCCACACUGGCAGCGCGUUUGAGUCAGAACACUGCCAAUUUGCUCCGAACGAAGCUUUCUUUAGAUCAGCAACUACAGGGAGGAUUACUAGACGGGUUCGACGAACGUCAGCAAGGUUUUUGUCUUGGCGCUUCGGAUAAUCAAUCACAGCUUCCAUGCUGUCUGUGUUCUUCGAAUCGUGCACCAUGGUCAAACGAGCACGUUUCCUACAGAAGCGCCUCCAAUCACCAAUGGACCACCAAUGGUUACGAUUGUACCUUUUGUGGCUACGCCGAGGAUGACACACAGCAGCCGGAUCGCUACUCCCCAAGCCUUUCCCGUGAAGAAUUGUUCGACUUCUAACAGCUUCGCAU